AUGUCUCAAUAUCGAUCAUCUCAGCAGUCUCAGCAGCAGACGCGCACGAAGAAGAAGGAUGAUGAUCCCGAUGCAUUCAUGCGACUCUCCGACAGAGAGAUCGCUGGCUGUAUCAGCGACAUUGGCGUGCCUUUCCAGCCCACCGACCUUCAGAAACCCAAUCCACAAUUAAUACAGAUGGUUUUCGAGCACCUUGGUGAACUGUUGCUGAAUGCCACACGCGACUCGAUAGAUCCAGCGAUGCGCGCGGCCGCCGAAGACAUCUGUUCGAGCGACACUGAAAUUGUGCCAUUCGAGACAAGAAUGCUUAUGGGCUUCUUUGUCAGUCUGCGGCGGAUGUUGGUGGAAUGCGGCAUACAUGAUUUCUCUUUCAACGACCUGGUUCGGCCGACGCACGAACGACUUGUGAAGAUCUUCUCGUAUGUCAUCAAUUUUGUGCGCUUCCGAGAAAGUCAGACACAGACGAUCGACGAGAACUUCAACAAAGCCGAGGCGGUUAAGGCACGAAUCGAGUUGUUGUAUAUGGACAACCAAGACAUGGCGCAGAGGCUCGAGGACAUGAAGCGCAACAGAAAAUCGAUGGAGGCCGCUGUCAAAGACAAGGUGAAACGAAACGACGAGUUGAAAGCACGAUUACUAGAGCUCAAGAAGGAUCAAGAGCGCAUCGCAGAGCAGCUGGAGAAAGCCAAAGCCGACAAAUCGCAGGCGCAGGGAGUGCUCGAGGACAAGACCGGACAGCUUGUGCGGAUCCGACAAGAGAGCCAAAAACUUCGUCCAUACGUGCUUGAAAGUCCGGAUGGUCUGCAAGAACAGCUCGCUAAAUUGCACAAGAACCUACAAGAAGAGCGGCAACAGAUCGAUACGUUUGAACGACGGAUCCGUGCGUUGCAGACCUCCGGCGACAGCUUUGGCGUGGUUUACAACGAAGUCCAGUCAUGUGUCAAGGUACUCGACGAGAUCUCGAAAGAGUUGCAGAAGGAAGAGGAGGAGGAAGCUAAACUAGCCAGGAAUCGGGAUCAGGUUGCCGAUCGAAGCAACAACGUUCGCGAAAUCGAGCAAACACACGCCAUGCUCCAGCGACAACUCGACAAGGCCAAUGAGCGGCUUGCUGGGCUCACACAGCGGCACAAGGAGCGUGAUGAAGCCAACAAGGCCAAGAUGGAGGAGUUGCGUAUCACACAGAGAGAGCUUCGAGAGGAGAAAGCGGACAAAAGUCGAGCUAUUGAGAGGAAGCGAGCAAGGGUCGACCAGCUGGAGAAAAAGAUGGCCGAUCUGAAAGAGCAACUCGAGAAGGAAGUCUAUGACAUCCGUGAGCAGUAUCAGAAGCUUGAGUCGCAUAUCAAGUUGUACAUCACUGAGAUGGAACAGAGCAUCUCCUGA